AAACCAUCGAGUUGGGAUUGUCAUAGCCGUGAUUUUAAUAAAAUUUGUUUUUUCCCUGAUCCGAUUAAAUGGUUUCAUGUGGGCAGCUGGCUUUGGAUUUCAAAAACCAACCAAAAAAAGCAAAUGAUGUGAUGCUCAUGAUGAACGCCUUUAACUUGCUCUUUUAUAUGAACGCGGCCACUUUCGAGGAGAACAAACUGUCUCCGGAAAUGAAGCUACGCAGAAACUUGACCCAAUAUUACGACUUUUCGGCGCGGCCUGUAAUGUCACCACGAACAGCUAUAAAUGUAACAUUUGAAGUUAUGUUGUACCAAUUGGUCGGUAUCGAUCCUAAAGACCAGACUAUAACAAUGCUGAUGUUUCAAUGUCUUUCCUGGACCGACGAGUUCCUUCAAUGGGAUCCAGCAGAAUACGACGGCAUAGAAACGCUUCGCUACUAUCGCUACUGGAUUUGGACUCCGGACAUCCUUCCAUACAAUGACGUCGGAAGUUUCGAUUUAGAGAAAUAUGAUUUCUCAAUUCCAAUUAAGGUUAAUUACAACGGGACAGUUGCGUGGAUGCGGCCGGUGGAAUAUGAAACGACGUGCUCGUUGGAUGUCACUAGGUUCCCAUUUGACGUGCAGGAAUGCGACCUUGUGAUUGGAUCUUGGCAGUAUUUCGAACAUGAAGUCAGCCUAAACUGUGCUCCGAUUGAUUUUUCCUACUACAUUGAAGACAGUCUGUGGUCGCUUGAAAGCGCCAUCUGCAAGAGAGAAGUUAUGGACAGCUCAGACGGUAUCCACUCAUGCGGCCGAAUAUCUGUGUCUGUCGUAUACAAAAGACUAUCUUUAUUCUACGUUGAAAACCUCAUUCUGCCCAACGCACUUCUGUUUGCAUUGAGUUCAUUGACCUUUUUCAUUCCGGGCGAUAACGGUGAAAAAAUAAGUUUCGGGGUGACAGUAACUCUUGCCCUCUGUGUUAAUUUGACCUUGGUCACCUCUUUUGUUCCGCAAACUUCGACGACCUUUCCUCGAAUCUGCACUUAUUUUUUCCUGAGCAUCGUUGUCUCUUGCAUAUCGAUAUUACUGGCGACAUUUUCGGUCAACUUUGAUUGCAGAAAAAUCACUGAUGAGACUUACACAGUUAGUACUCCCAGCUCAAGUCUGACCACUUUAUCGGAAAAUGUAAACAAUGCCAAUACUUUCUCACUAGCAAGCAAACCGAAAGAGCCACAGAAAACAUCAAGCAAACUAUGUCAAAAAGCUCUCUUCGCAAAAUAGACGCACUCAUGGGAAUUUUGUACCUCGUCGGAACUGUUUUUAUUCAUGAUUUUCAUGCAAGAGUGACCCUGGAGCACAAUAAACUGUAUGUGGCAUUGAUUGAUCUCUCUGAAAAUCAGGAUUAGAAUGCGAAUCAACUUGAAAACUCUAGACAUACAAUUUUCAUGCAAUUCCAUAAGUACAGAA